AUGUCUGUGCAUCAGUUUUACCAGCAUGUGGUGGUCCACGGAUUACCUUACGACCGCGGAUUCUCCUACGGCGAGCAAACCAAGGAGAAGAUCCAACGCAAUGUCACGUACUAUAAACAGCCAGGCAAACUGGGACCAUGUUCUUCGAUUUCGAGAGUCAUUAAUAACUGCUAUAUUCCUGGACUGCAGCGUUACUGGCCAUCAGGAUGGGAAGAGAUGCGUGGUGUUGCUGCUGGCGCUGGUGUUACAGUCGAAGACAUCGUCAUGCUGAAUGCACGAUAUGACCUCUCGCAUGUAAAGUUCGAGGCCGUUCCUGAAACUCCCGCCGCAGAAGAAUCCAUCGUGGAAGCUAUUCCUGAAAUCUCCCAGGAGGCGACUACCGUCGAAGUCGCCGUCGAAGAUUCCAAGGCCACCGAGGCUACUGAGCCUAGCAGCGAGAAGAAACCUGCAACCGAAGAAAAGCCCGUCGACGAAAAAGUGCAGGUCGAAGUUGCAGAAGAAUGCACCUCCGCAAUCAUUCUCGCCCCCGCGACAAGGGACCGGGUAGUCUUCACCGCGCAGAACUGGGAUAUGUCACACCGAUUGGUCACCGACGACGCCAUUAUUUACCUCGAGAUUCAUCCAGAUCCCUCCGAAAACAUCCCGUCGAUGUUCCUUGUCACCGAGGCAGGUCAGCUGGGCCGGUCAGGGUGCAACGGGGCCGGGCUGGGUCUCACAGCGAACUCUCUACAGAGCGACAUUGAUCAAGCUCCUGAUUUAUCAGUCCCUAUCCCCCCGUCUGGGGCAUUGAGAAGGCUAUUCCUUGAGCAGUCUAACUACUCAGUCGGACUGAAGUGCAUUGCCCGAACCCCACGUCACGUCUCGUGUAAUAUCAUGGUCUCGUCUGCCGAUGAUAUUGGCAUGUGUCUGGAAGUGACACCGCGGACGAUUUUCAGAUCUGUCAUUUCAUCGACUUCGGAAAAGCCGUAUCUCCUGCACAGUAACCACUUCCAGACUGGCCCCUUCCUAGCACAAACGCAGAUUGCCGAUACAUACCUCGGAGGGAGCUCGUGGUAUCGCGGUGAGCGACUCGAAGCAGGGCUGCGCAAACAGGCACAGAAGGAAAAUUUGAUCGAACAGGAUAUUGUGACGGCAUUCCAGGACCAUGCAGGCUAUCCGCAUAGUCUAUGCGAGCAUGCUGUUGAACAAAGUUCCAAACAGGAGAGCUCCGGGCCGUAUUCUGGGCCCACGUCGACUGUUUGCUGUGUCGUUUAUAAUCUGUCUAAACGCACGGUACGAGUUUGUAAAGGCUGCCCCUGCGAGGGAAUAUUUCAAGAUUUCGAGUUGCGAUGA